AUGCUCCAGUUCGGCCGCCGUCUCGCGUACCACGGCCUCCGCCGCACCCUCGUCGUCACCCGGUAUGUGCUCUCCACCACCUCGCCCCCUGGCGCGCCGUUCCGCGUGGCCGCCAUCUCGGACGGCUUCAAUGCUGGUGGCAUGGCGUCGUGCCCCGACUACACGGAGUACUUCCCGCGACUGGAGGCCCUCGGGUCCGAGACGCUGCGGGAGCUCCUCCUGUCCGAGGCGCGCGCUGGGCGGCCAGUGCGCGUGCUGGUUUAUGACCCUCAUCUUGCGUGGGCGCUGCGGGUGGCGUGGACGGCCGGCGUGGCCACCGCGGCCUUCUUCUCGCAGCCAUGUGCAGUGGACGUCGUGUAUGGGGAGCUCUGGGCGGGGCGGCUGGCGCUGCAGGCGACGGACGCGUGCGCACUGCUCGUGAGAGGAGCGCUGGGCGUGGAGUUUGGGCCGGAGGACAUGCCGCCGUUCGCGGCCGCGCCGGAGUCGCAGCCGGUGCUCGCAAAGACGUCGAUUGGGCAAUUCGAUGGGAUGGACGUUACCGACAACGUGCUCGUCAACUCUUUCCACCACAUCGAGCCAAAGGAGGCAGAUUACAUGGAGUUAACAUGGAGAGCGAAGAUGAUAGGUCCAACUUUGCCAUCAUACUACCUUGAUGCUAAUCGCCUACCAUCCAACAAGUCUUAUGGUUUUAAUUUGUUCAGUGAGGGUGCAUCGUGUAUGGAUUGGUUAGACAAGCAUAGCAUUUCCUCCGUUGUACUUGUAUCCUAUGGUACUGUCUCUAACUACGAUGCAACCCAGUUGGAGGAGCUUGGCAGUGGACUAUGCAAUUCUGGCAAACCUUUUGUUUGGGUUGUCAGAUCCAAUGAGGCACACAAGUUAUCUCAAGAACUCAAGGAGAAAUGUGAGAACAAUGGAUUAAUUGUUGCGUGGUGCCCCCAACUAGAAGUUUUGUCACACAAGGCUAUCGGUUUUUUUGUUACCCACUGCAGAUGGAACUCGACAUUGGAGGCAAUUGUUAGCGGUGUUCCUCUUGUGGGAAUCCCGCAUUGGGCUGACCAACCCACCAUCUCAAAGUAUGUGGAGACUGAGUGGGGCAUGGGCGUGCGAGUGCGGAAGGGCGAUAAAGGAUGGCUAAAGAGGAUGGAGGUCAAGAGGUGCAUUAGAGAGGUGAUGGACGGAGAUAGAAAGGAUGAGUACAAAAGAAAUGCUGCAAAGUGGAUGCAAAAGGCCAAGGAUGCAAUGUAA